UGUAACCAUGACUACUGGACGAAGCUAGACAACUUUUCCGCAGUUUCAGAGAGGGCUUGGAUGAAGGCACCGCCAACCGAGGGUAGAGGACCUACAGGCGAAAAGAAGUGCAGACGUCCUAAAAUAAGAAAAUCAUGACCACAAAAUCCCCGGGCACGAGCCCUCAAAGAUGCUUGGCUACCAACAAUGCAAAACGUGUGCCACUGACACAGAAAAAGGCCACUGUACCCAGCUGUCCAGUACCAAGCAGGGUACCAACAAAGAGACUCACCUCUCUGCUACCAAGGUCUACUAGACAUGCUGCCAGGCCAGCUGGCUGCACCCAGAACCACAUAGAGCAACUGCCACCUGAGAUCCUAAUGAAGAUCCUGUGGAACCUGGAUGCCUCUUCUCUCUACUGCAUUGGCUACGUCAACAAGCUAUUAUAUAAGCUGGCCAAAAACAAUGCAAUGUGGCGUAAAAUCUAUUCUGCAAAAUAUGGGGAGAGUAAGAAAUUGAAGGCCAAGCACAUGGACGAGGUUGUGGAGAAGUUGAGUGUGAUGAAAGUUCAGGAGAGACCAGAGGGCUACUGGAGAAGGCUGUACUUUAGGACCGUAGCUGGCUACAACCACACCAAGUGGUUGAAGGAGCUGAGAACCAUCAAUCCCUUCACAGGUCUUCCCAGCCACACAGAGAGAGUCCUCAGAGAGCAGCGUGUGGCCUGGGAGAUCACAGUGUGUGACAGGUCGGUCAGUGAGGGGACUUUUGAACAGAGCCACACCUACUACAGUGACACGUCAGUGACAUUGUGCUGGACCAACGGUUCAUGGCCCGCCUUCCACCAACUCUCUACCAUACAGCUUCACGGUGUCAAGAGAGUUCCCCUCAAAUGCCCGAGCGCCAUCAAGCCAGGCUGGAGGUCUCUGAUGGCUCAGUUGGAUAUUGACACCAUCUCUAAGAGCAGCCAGGUGAUUGGUGGAGAUAGACUGGUCAAGUUGGUGCUGCUGUCGCCAGGCAUCGUCAUCGGCAUCUGGAGGGGCCAGUCGUCCAUAGCCUUUGUGAUGGCCACCUUCCACUACCACAGGCUGUUGGAAAGGAGUCUCCUGGGCUCGUCUGUUUGCCCCUACACCAUUCCAGAGAACAGGCCUCUUUUUGAUGACGUGGACCCAAACUACGGUCUCCAUGGUUACACGCUACACAUUACCCUCCACAACACUGUGACGGAGAUCAUGUCUGGCCACUUCCCUCAGCUCUUCUGCCGGAAAGGUCAGAUCAAUGAAGGUUUCAUCCAGCUGAAUGCCAUCAUCAGGAGUAACCAGUCUCGGCAGACCCCUCUCUCUGACAGGGUCAGCCUGCCCUGGAGGUCUGAUGCUCUGGAGGGGACUGUGAAGAACUGCUGCAUGAUGAGCCUGACUCUGCUGGAUGAGUCCCAGAUACCCUUCUGGUGUGUCAGCACGCCUGUCUCCAUGGUGCUGGCCAAUGAGGAGCCUUUCUCCUAUGACUACCAGGGCCAGCACUUCCUGAUCAAGUACAAGGAUGCAGAGGGAAAGGUACAGAUGGAUGUGGUGCUGCUGGAGGAACAGAGACAGUUAUUCCUUAUUAAUCUGGUUGUCUACAUCAGCACAGUCAAAGUCAACCAGCACUUUGGGAGAGCCUACUAAGUUUCCCGUGUGUAUCAAGAAUGGUCUGCAACCCAAAGGACAUCCAGCCAACUUGACAUAAUUGCGGGAAGCAUUGGAGUCAACAUUGCCCAGCAUCCCUGUGGAACGCUUGACACCUUGUAGAGUUCAUGCCCCGACGAAUUGAGGCUGUUCUGAGGGUAUAAGGUGGUUGCAACUCAAUAUUAGGAAGGUGUUCUUAAUAUUUUGUAAACUCAGUGUAUAUACAGUGCAUUCGGGGAAGUGCACCAGUCCCUACUGCAGCAAAGCACCCUGGGGAUGUGAUGAAAGAAAUAAAAGCUGAAAUAAAUCAUUCUCCCUUCUAUUAUUCUGACAUUUCACAUUCUUAAAAUAAAGUGGUGAUCCUAACAGACCAAAGACAGGGAAUUUUUACCAGGAUUAAAUGUCAGGAAUUGUGAAAAACGGAGUUUAAAUGUAUUUGGCUAAGGUGUCUGUAAACUUGUGACUUCAACUGUACUUCCGUCUGAAGGUAUAUACUUCCGCGUAUGCUGUGCAUUGCUACCGAAACAAAAAAUAAAACAAAUUGAAUAAGUCAAUACAAUUUGUCUCACUUUUUGAAUGAACUUACUGGGUAUAAACAUAUCACAUCACACAAUUCACUGGCGACACUAAAUCUGUUUAGAAGAGGUUGAGAGAUCGUCUCUCCUUGUUAAGCAUUUCCCAUAAUACCAUAAUGUUCAUGCAAAUUCUACAGUGCAGAUGGCUUGACCGAGAUUUCCAUUUAGGUUGACCGCAGUGCCAAUUUGACUUUGUCCAUCAGUCGAAGUAGACUAUCAUGUCUGUCAGCAAAAGCUAUGGGAAUUAAACACUCUUUAAAAACAAUGUUGAAAAGGGGAUAAUGUUAGCUAACCCCGCUAGUUUGGCCUACGUUGUUGGGAGAAAAAGGUGCAUUGGGUCUAAUUACCACUAUGUUUAGUUAACUGUACAAAGUUUCUACCAAUAGCUUGCAAAGUAAACAUCAACUAACAGUACAUCGGCAAAUGCGCUUGACAGUCAGAGCCUGGGAAAUGAACCUAAACCACUCGUCAGGUAUGGUUCACUUUUAUUUUAUAUCACUCAAACAUCCAAUUAAAGUGAAUCACGUCAAAUCAAUUUGUCUCACUUUUUGAAUGAAGUUACUGGGUAUGAACGUAUCACAUCAUCAUAUCACAAUUCACUAGCGUGUGGCGACACUAAAUCUCUUGAGAGGUUCAGAUAUUGGAGCGUCUCUCCCUGUCAAGCAUAUUCUGCGUGCAUGCAAAUUCUAUAGGGCAGAUGGCUUGACAGAGUUUUUUUUUCAUUUCCAGGAUAGUUUGACCGCAGUAAAUUGGCUAGCUCUCUAAUAACAGAUCACAUCAAUAUGGCUAGUUAAGGUAACUGUCAGGGGAUAAACUACAGGGCUAUAUCCAAAUAUUUUCUGAUUUUCAUGUAAUCUGUAAUGGUGAUGACAGAUGUCCGACUGACAACUUAACCAUGACGAGGACUUGACGAUGUCAAGCUCUUUCCAAAAGCCUCAUCUCUGAUGAAGCAAGCUAAUGGACAUGUUGUUUGCUUUACUAUCUAGCUAGCUACAUGCCAAAUGGAUAGGCUUCCCUCACCUAUCAAAAAUUACAUGUUCAACUGAUGUUUACUGAUCAUGAAAGCAUGCAGUUACUUACUGUAUACAACAGAUGAUAGAGUUAAACAUGGAAUAAUUGGAAAUGUGUAGUUCUGACUGCUCUUCAAGAGGUGAUGAUAUUAAACCAAAUAGUUAACAUUUAUUAAACAAUCCCUUGAAAAUAGUAGUUGUCUGUCAGGAUUUGGCCAGGAUUGUUCCGGUUUUGGCCACUAGAUGCCCCCAUUGUGCAUUUUGACCCUUUUGUUUUCCCUUGAUUCCAGUUAUUAAUUGCACCUGUGCCUCGUUUCCCUUGAAUGUAUUUAAACUCUUAGUUUUCCUCAGUUCUUUGCUCUGUGUUUGAAUGUUAGCACCCAGCCCCAGCGAUGCUGUGAACAUUUGUUGCGCCAGUUGGACUCUCUUGUGGUACUCUGUUUUUGUUCUCUUUUAUUUAUUUUUUUUAUUAUCUUUUGAGGCUUUUCUUUCUGCUGUACUUACCACCUUGUGGAUUUACCUUUUGACUUGGAGGAUUACCUUUUUCUCUUGGAAUUACUUUUGACGUUGUGGAUUUAUAUU